UGCUAGGUGGAGGGAAGGAAGGAGGGAGCCGGGGAGUGGGCCAGGGCAGCAGCCGGGCUGAAGUCGGCUUGGGGAGCCAGAGGGAGCGGAGUGGAACCUGCGGGGCAGAGGUGGCGGCCGCAGCGGCACAGCUGAUAGCCGGAACAGGAUCAAGUCUUUCAUACGAGGGACCAGGCCAAAACCAGACUGCCACUGCCCCUACUUGGGCCCCACUGACCCCAGAAAGCAGCUGCUGUGAUCAUGGGCAAUAUCUUUGGAAACCUUCUCAAGAGCCUGAUUGGGAAGAAGGAGAUGCGCAUCCUGAUGGUGGGCCUGGAUGCCACAAGAAAGACCACCAUCCUAUACAAGCUGAAACUGGGGGAGAUCGUCACCACCAUCCCUGCCAUUGGGUUCAAUGUGGAGACAGUGGAGUAUAAGAACAUCAGCUUCACAGUGUGGGAUGUGGGUGGCCAGGACAAGAUUCGACCCCUCUGGGGACACUACUUCCAGAACACCCAAAGGUUGAUAUUUGUGGUCGACAGCAAUGACCGGGAGCGAGUAAAUGAGGCCCGGGAAGAGCUGAUGAGAAUGCUGGCGGAGGACAAGCUCCGGGAUGCUGCACUCCUUGUCUUUGCAAACAAACAGGAUCUGCCUAAUGCUAUGAACGCUGCUGAGAUCACAGACAAGCUGGGCCUGCAUUCCCUUCGUCACCGUAACUGGUACAUUCAGGCCACCUGUGCCACCAGCGGGGACGGGCUGUACGAAGGCCUGGACUGGCUGGCCAAUCAGCUCAAAAACAAGAAGCGAGAGCCGGACAGCCCUAACCAAGCGCCCCACCCACCCCUGACGUACUUACUGUCACCCUGCCCCAGUCCUACCCCUUCCUCUCCACUGCAAGUGUGGCCAGGGCCCUGGGUAUCAUGUCCGCAUGCCCAGCAAGAGCCUUGCCUCCCCUGCUUCCCCUCGUUUUUCCUGUCCACCUAUAUGACCAAUCCCUAAUUGCUGUCCUGAUGAUGAGUCAUUGCAAUUUACUGGAUUUAAAACAAAAAAAAACAAAAAACAAAAAACAAACAAACAAA